ACCUGGAUAAAGUGACAGCAGAGUAGUUAGUUGGAAAAGUUGGUGCUCUGCUGUCCAUAAGAAUGCCUCCACAAUCAGGCACUAGUCUGGGAAAAACAGAACCUUGCCAAGACACUCCACAGCUUUUCACCUGGGAGGAGAUAGGACUUCGCUCAGGCAAGGGGAACUCCAAGGAAGAGAGAUGGCUGGUCAUCAACAGGAAGGUCUAUGAUAUCAGCCAUUUCUAUUGGCGGCACCCUGGAGGAACCCGCGUCAUCAGCCACUAUUCAGGACAAGAUGCCACGGAUGCCUUCGCAGCUUUCCACAAGGAUGAGGAUCUAGUGAAGAAAUACUUGAGCUCGCUGCAAAUUGGGGAGCUGGCUUCUGAUCAACCUAGCUGUGAACCGACAAAAAAUGAAAUGCUGGUGCAUGAUUUUCGUGAGCUGCACAAGACAGUGAAGAGGACGGGACUACUGAAGCCCAGUUAUCCCUUCUUCACCUUCAUGUUUCUGCAUGCUUUCCUGACAGAUAUUGGAUCCUGGCUUCUUAUCUGGUAUUUUGGAAAAUCCUGGAUGUCCUUCCUUGUCAGUGUAGCAUUUUUCACCAUUGCACAGAUCCAGUAUGGAUUUCUUCAGCAUGAUCUUGGGCAUGUUUCAGUCUUUCAGAAGCCCAAGUGGAAUAGAUUAUCUCACCUCUUUGUGGCAGGAGUACUUAAGGGAGGACCACCAAGUUGGUGGAAGCACAUGCAUAAUCAACAUCAUGCCAAACCCAACUGCUUCCGCAAGGACCCAGAUCUCAACAUGCACCCACUCUUGUUCAGCCUGGGGAAGAACCUCUCUGAAGAGCUUGGGAAGAAGAAAAAGAAAUACAUGCCUUACCAGCACCAGCACAAAUACUUCAUCUUCUUAGCACCGAUUACUUUCGUUGUUUUUGUGCAGCUGAUUAUAAUACGCUUUGCACUUACGAGGAAAAAAUGGUUGGAACUCACUCUUACUGUGAUCUACAACAUCCGUGUCUGUCUCAUGUAUGUUCCUUUAAUGGGAUUUAAGAGUUUCAUGGCAUACUACUGGCUGGCCAGGUUCCUAGAAAGCAAUUGGUUUCUCUGGACCUCGCAGAUGAGCCACAUUCCAAUGAAUAUUGAUUAUGAUAAGAAUUUGGACUGGGUGUCUGCUCAGCUUGCCGCAACUUGUGAUGUGGAUCAGUCCCUGUUCAAUGACUGGUUCACAGGGCACCUGAACUUCCAGAUUGAGCAUCAUCUUUUCCCAACAAUGCCUCGACACAAUUAUUGGAAGGUGGCUCCUCUGGUGAAAUCUCUCUGUGCUAAGCAUGGCGUUAAGUACCAAUGCAAGUCCCUGCUCACGGCCUUUGCAGACAUAUUGCACACACUGAAGGAGUCAGGGGAGCACUGGCUGGAUGCUUAUCUCCAUGUGUAAGAAGAGUAAGGACUUUGGGAAGAAAUCGCUUCACACCAAGCACAAGUGGAUUUGAUGGGAAAGGAUGAGCGUAACCAUGAAGUUAGGGAAAGGACAAUCCUAAUGAUGAACUCCGAGCCACUGUUUCUCCUUUUCUUGCACAGGCAUCUUGAGUUACUAAUACCUGGGCUUUAGGAAUGUGAGGCAGAGCUAGAGCUGAACUAGAGAGAGGUAGAGAAAGAACUAGAAAGAUGUUCAGUGUUGAAAAGCGCAGCUUCUCUGGAGACUCACCACUUUCUAUUCAUACUAGGGAAUGAAAAGGAACAAAAGAGGCUUCCUUCUUAUGGAGCUCAUCUACACGGUGAUUUAGUUCUUGGUGCUACUCACAUCUCUUUUUAAUCCGCAUGGUUCACAUGAUGUUACUGGCAAAUACAAGCUAUCACACAGUUUUUUCCCUGUAAAUCCGAACUAACCCAAUCCGUUGAUAAUAUAAAAAGUUUAGAACAAUAUGGCUCCACUCCGUCCUA